AUGGCGUUUCCUUACCCAAGAGUCAAUCAUGGGUUCCUGUCGGCUGAUCAGCAGUUUAUUAAGCGACGUCUCAUGAAGGGUGAUCAAGGUCAAGCUGGGCCACCUGGACCACCAGGGCCUCCUGGUCCUCCAGGCCCACGUGGUCCUCCAGGUGACACAGGAAAGGAUGGUCCUCGAGGAAUGCCAGGAGCACCUGGGGAAACAGGAUCAAGAGGUGAAACUGGAUUAACGGGACCCCAGGGGCCACCAGGACAAAAGGGCUCCAUAGGAGUCACUGGUGUUCCUGGCUUCCAAGGAGAAAAGGGCGAAUCUGGGAAGGAUGGUGAUCCAGGCCCCAAGGGUGAGAUUGGAGGUCACGGUGAUAAGGGUGAUGUUGGGAAGCCAGGACUGAAAGGUGACAAAGGAGGAAAGGGUGACCCUGGAUCAUCAGCUGCUGGAAUAAAGGGUGAACCAGGUCAACCUGGGCAUCAGGGACAAAAGGGUGAACCAGGUCUUCCUGGGCUUCCUGGACUCCCGGGGAUAAAGGGUGAACCAGGAUUUUGGGGACCUCAGGGAGAACCUGGGUUGCCUGGGUUACCAGGAACGAAGGGAGAGAAAGGAGAUGGAGGGCCACCAGGAAGAGGUGAAAUAGGCCUGCCUGGACCUUCAGGCCCAAAGGGUGAGCCAGGUGAACUAGGGAUGCCAGGCCGCUAUGGGGUAAAGGGUGAACGUGGAGACCAUGGGGAUUCAGGGCCUAUGGGACCCAGAGGUCCACCUGGACAGAAAGGAGAACAAGGGGUAACAGAGAUAAUAGACUACAACGGCAAUAUCCAUCAAGCACUACAGGGACCACCAGGGCCUCAAGGAUCUCCAGGAAUGCCAGGACCAAAGGGAGACAUUGGUAAUCCUGGACUUCCUGGAGCUGAGGGAACACAGGGCCCUAAAGGUUCAAAAGGUGACAUUGGUAUUCCAGGAGAUAAAGGAAGCAUAGGAUUACCCGGAUUACCUGGUGUUAAUGGAGAAAAGGGAGAAAAAGGAGAGAAAGGAGAUCAUGGGUUAUCUGGUCCAAAAGGCACUUCAGUUGUAGGACCCCCAGGACCUACUGGCUCACAAGGUCCACCAGGUCCAAUGGGGCCACAUGGACUUCCAGGACCUAAGGGUGCAUCUGGCUUAGAUGGACAGCCAGGACUGCGGACGAGACAAGUCUUUUCGUUUAUCAAUAUUUUGAAGGAAUGUUCACCACAGUUAAUUGUUUUCUUUGUGUUCAAAGGGUACUGA